UAUGAUUGUGUCAUACACUCAUUCAUCAUCCUUUUCAUUUUUUUCUCUCUGCUUAUAAAGAUUCCUUUUUCUCUCUCAUGUUGAUCAUCCCGUCCUCCAUAUAUUUCCCGCAUCAAUCAGACAUAGCCAAUAAUAUAGUACCAUCGAUCAAGCUCUAAGAGAAACGGUCCAACAAAAAUUGUUGUGUCAAUUGUUUAAUAAAUAGUGAGAUUCAGUGGUCGGUCGGUCUUUGGUUGGUUGGUUUUUAUUUUUUUCCUUGGCUCCCUAAAUUAGUGAAUCUUGGAUGUGAUUCUGAUUUUACAUAUAUAAUAAUAAGAAUAACAAUAAUAAACAGAGCAGCAGUAGGAGGGGGAAUGGGGAAUACAAAUGGUAGAGAAGAAGGGGAUAGUACAUCAUCUAUUGGGAAUGGGAAUGAGAAAAUAAGUCAGGCUGGUGAUUAUGAAAAUACUGGUCCAAGUGUUGGUGGUGAAAGUGAGUUUAUCGGUAUGGGUCAUUCUCCACCUCCAAGUCCUAGGGUUUCUGGUUCUCCUUUGAUGUUCACUCCUCAGGUACCUGUUGCCCCGUUACAAAGACCAGAUGAGAUGCAGUCGACCAAUUCAUGGAUGCACACCUCCUCCAGCUAUGAAGAUAUGAUGACCGAGCAAGGAAUACCGACAAUGAUUACAUGGAGCUAUGAUGGAAAUGAAGUUGCCGUGGAAGGCUCAUGGGACAAUUGGAAAAGAAGGAAGCCCUUGCAGAGAUCAGGAAAAGAUUUCAUCAUAUUAAAGGUUCUCCCUUCGGGUGUUUACCAGUAUAGAUUUCUUGUUGAUGGUCAAUGGAGGUAUUCCCCUGAUAUGCCAUGGACACAGGAUGAAGCAGGCAACACUUACAACAUCUUAGAUCUGCAGGAAUAUGUACCUGAAGACAUCCAAAGCAUUUCCGGUUUCGAACCUCCUCAGUCUCCAGAUUCCAGCUACAACAGUUUACAACUUGGAAUGGAGGACUAUGCAAAGGAGCCACCCUUGGUACCACCACAUCUCCAAAUGACACUGCUUAAUGCCCCUUCACCUCAUAUGGAGAUCCCACCUCCUUCAUCUAGACCUCAACACGUUAUUAUAAACCAUCUUUACAUGCAGAAAGGAAAGAGUAGUGACUCAGUUGUGGCCCUUGGAUCCACUCAUCGUUUCCUAUCCAAAUACGUUACAGUCGUACUCUACAAGUCUAUACAUCAAUGACAACAGCAAACCUGGCCGUUGGCACCAUUGAUGCAAGUGAAACUUUCUUUAGCAAAUUCUCAAAGUGAAGCGUCUAGAAACGGUCAGUAGAAAUGCAAUUUCAAUCUGCCAAUUACUUUGUGUUUUUCAGGUUCUCGGUCAUUGUUCUUGCCUAGUGGAUGUUUCAAGAGGAUUUGUGGAUGCUGCCAUAAGUUCUGCCUUUUAUGACAAUGUAGCAAUCUGAUUUUUGUGAUUCAUAUAUGUACGUACCAUCAUGCAGAAAUUUAUAGAUUUACUUCUUUGAUAUGAUUGAAACUUGUCAUGUUUCGACUUUCAAGUCA